CUUUCAUUGUGCUUUAACAGUAAAGUUAUUACCUCAGAUACCUUGCCAGCUUAGCACGGUGAAAUCAGUUUCAGACAAAAGAGAUCAACUGCUCUCUCUAGGAAAUACUUAAUUAGGGUGGUGCCUAGGAAUGCCCAGGGGUCCUGUAACGAUCGGUUUUUCCCGGAGGAUUUCUGCAGCAUGCGGUCCCGUUGGACGGCAGGCAUUCUGCUCUGAUUUUUCCUGUUGCCUGGCUAGUGACCCCCUACAGGAAGAUAGCGGAUCAGCCAGGAGGGCGGAGCAGCCCACUACACAUGUCUGGCUGCUCUUAUCAACUUAUCAUAUAAGGAAAGGAAAGUGAUUGAUUCGGAUACUGACACUGUAGGAUCUGGGGAGAGAGAAACAAAGGACGGUGAAAGCUGCUCUGUAGAAGCUGGCACAGACCUCCCAAGCGAGCAGGACCGUUCUUCCCACUGCAAUCUGACAGUUUACUGCAUGCCUGGAGAGAACACAGCACUUAAAACCAAGUUUGCUACUGGAAAAAGAGGCAAGAGAAGACUUUCAUUGACGGACCCAGCCAUGGCAGCACAGUAGCCCUGCGUUUCCGACGGCAGCAGCUCGGGACUCUGGACGUCUGUGUGUGCCUUCAAGUUUGCUGAGCUGCUGAUUUAUUCCUGAAGAAAGAAUGUGGCAGAUUGUUUUCUUUACUCUGAGCUGUGAUGUUGUCUUGGCCACAGCCUAUAACAACUUUCGGAAGAGCAUGGACAGCAUAGGAAAGAAGCAGUAUCAGGUUCAGCACGGGUCCUGCAGCUACACGUUCCUCCUGCCCGAGAUGGACAACUGCCGUUCUCCCUCCAGCCCCUACGUGUCCAAUGCUGUGCAGAGGGACGCGCCGCUGGAGUACGAUGACUCGGUGCAGAGGCUGCAGCUGCUGGAGAACAUCAUGGAAAACAACACUCAGUGGCUAAUGAAGCUUGAGAAUUAUAUCCAGGACAACAUGAAAAAAGAAAUGGUAGAGAUGCAGCAGAAUGCAGUGCAGAACCAGACAGCUGUGAUGAUUGAAAUAGGGACGAGCCUGUUGAACCAAACAGCAGAGCAAACGCGGAAGUUAACCGAUGUGGAAGCCCAAGUAUUAAAUCAGACCACAAGACUUGAACUUCAGCUCCUGGAACACUCCCUCUCGACAAACAAAUUGGAAAAACAGAUUUUGGACCAGACCAGUGAAAUAAACAAAUUGCAAGAUAAGAACAGUUUCCUAGAAAAGAAGGUGCUAGCUAUGGAAGAUAAUCACAUUGUCCAACUGCAGUCAAUAAAAGAAGAGAAAGAUCAGCUACAGGUGUUAGUAUCCAGGCAAAAUUCCAUCAUUGAAGAACUAGAAAAAAAGUUAGUGACUGCCACGGUGAAUAAUUCUGUUCUUCAAAGGCAGCAACAUCAUCUCAUGGAGACGGUUAACAAUUUAGUGACUAUGAUGUCCACAUCAAACCCAGCCAGGAGCCCCAUUGUUGCUAGAGAAGAACAAAUCAGCUUCAGAGACUGUGCUGAAGUAUUCAAAUCAGGACAAACCACGAACGGCAUCUAUAUGUUAACAUUCCCUAAUUCUACGGAAGAGACCAAGGCCUUCUGUGACAUGGAAGCUGGUGGAGGUGGGUGGACAAUUAUUCAGCGACGUGAGGACGGCAGCGUUGAUUUUCAGAGGACUUGGAAAGAAUAUAAAGUGGGAUUUGGUAACCCUUCAGGAGAAUACUGGCUGGGAAAUGAGUUUGUUUCACAACUGACUAAUCAGCAACGCUAUGUUCUUAAAAUACUCUUUAAAGACUGGGAAGGGAACGAGGCUUACUCAUUGUAUGAACAUUUCUAUCUCUCAAGUGAAGAACUGAAUUAUAGGAUUCACCUUAAAGGACUUACAGGGACAGCCGGCAAAAUAAGCAGCAUCAGCCAACCAGGAAAUGAUUUUAGCACAAAGGACGCAGACAACGACAAAUGUAUUUGCAAAUGUUCACAAAUGCUAACAGGAGGCUGGUGGUUUGAUGCAUGUGGUCCUUCCAACUUGAACGGAAUGUACUAUCCACAAAGGCAGAACACAAAUAAGUUCAACGGCAUUAAGUGGUACUACUGGAAAGGUUCAGGCUACUCGCUCAAGGCCACAACCAUGAUGAUCCGGCCAGCAGAUUUCUAAAUGCCCGAGUCCACCUGACAAAGACUGUCUCGUGCUAUUUUCAAAGACUUAAGCCCAAUGCACUGAAAGUCACGGCUGCACACUGUGUCCUCUUCCACCACAGAGGGCAUGUGCUCGGUGCUGAUGGGACCCACGUGCUCCAGAUUAGAGCCUGUAAACUUUAUCACUUAAACUUGCAUCACUUAACAGACUAAUGCAAGACCCUAAACAUCGUAACUGCCAUCAGACAGAACACCCAUGCAAAGAUGAACCCAAGGCUGAGAAUCAGACUGACAAUUUACAGACUCAGCUGUCACAACCAAGAAUGCCAUAUGCAAGUUUAUCAGUAAAUAACUGGAAAACAGAACACUUACGUUAUACAGUACAGAUCAUCUUGGAACUGCAUUAUUCUAAGCACUGUUUAUAGACUGUAUAAAAACCCAUAUGUCCUGAAUUCACCAUCACUAUCGCAAUUAAAAGAAAGAAAAAAAUCCCUAAGCCAUAAAAACAUAUAUUCGGGGAUAUUCUGAGAAGGGGUUACUAGAAGUUUAAUAUUUGGAAAAACAGUUAGUGCAUUUUUACUCCACCUCUUAGGUGCUUUAAAUUUUAAUUUCAAAAACAGCAUAUUUACAUUUAGGUUGACAGCUUAGUUUUAAGUUAAUACUGAAAUUUCAAGUUUAUAUGGUGGAAACUUCCAGGAUCUCUGAAAUUAUCAACAGAAACGUGUCAUUUUAGUUUAUAUGCAGAUUGUACUAUUUUUCUCUGCCUGAUUGUUAAAUAUGAAGGUAUUUUUAGUAAUUAAAUAUAACUUAUUAGGGGAUAUACCUAUGUUUAACGUUUAUAAUAAUAUUUACAAUUUUAUAAUUUGUUUCUGAAAGAACCGAUUGUGCCUUGUGAUAAGGAAACCUUUGAUUUUUAAUGAUGAGGAAAAUUAUACAUUUCAUUCUAUGACAAAGAAA